AUGGCCGCGCCGCAAGUGCACCACCUCUUCCACGCGCCCAUCAGCGACCAUUCCUUCUCCGCCGACCGCAGUACCCUCGCCGUCACCAAGGACAACAAUGUCGAGCUGUACGGCACCAGCGGCGGCGCUUUUCGCCUCCAAGAUGAACUACGAGGUCACGACAAGCUAGUCACCGGCGUAGACAUCGCCCCUCGAUCCGGCCGCAUCGUCACUUCUUCGCAAGACCGCAAUGCCUACGUGUGGGAGCCUAGCCGUACUGGCGAGUGGAAGCCGACUCUGGUCUUGCUCCGAAUCAACCGAGCCGCGACAUGCGUACGAUGGAGCCCCAGCGAGACCAAGUUCGCCGUGGGUAGCGGGGCUCGGAUCAUCGCCGUCUGCUACUUUGAAGAGGAGAACGAUUGGUGGGUGUCGAAGCACUUGAAGAAGCCUCUGCGCAGCACAGUCACCAGCGUGGCAUGGCACCCGAAUAGUGUCUUACUGGCUGCCGGCAGCACGGAUGGACAUGCUCGUGUGCUGUCCUCGUUCAUCAAGGGCACUGACGAGCGACCUGAACCCUCUGCUUGGGGUGAGAGACUGCCAUUCAAUACCGUGUGCGGCGAGUAUCUGAACUCGACUGCCGGAUGGGUCCACAGCGUCGCUUUCUCGCCUUCUGGCAAUGCGUUGGCCUUCACCGCCCACGACAGCAGCAUCACUGUUGUCUAUCCUUCCGCACCAGAGCAGCCCCCACAGGCCGUCAUUUCCAUCUCGACCCAGCUUCUGCCAUUCGCUGAUCUACUCUGGGUUUCAGAGUCCGAGAUCGUAUGUGCAGGCUACGAUUGCGAAGUGUAUCGUUUUGGUGGAUCUGUCUCUGGCUGGCAGCUCACUGGCUCGUUGGAGAAAGCCAGCGCUGGAGCUGGUGCAGGCGCUGCGAGAGAGGAGAGUGCUCUGAACAUGUUCAGGUCGAUGGAUCUGAAGGGCCGCAGCGGUGGUGUCGACGAUACGAAGCUGCGAACUGUGCAUCAGAACUCGAUCAACACCCUUCGCCCUUACCAGGGCGGCGGGACUGGCCAGGUGAGCAAGAUCAGCACUGGAGGCGUGGAUGGAAGAGUCGUAGUGUGGAACCUGUAA